AUGCCAGCUGUAUCUAUCAACGCAGAGGCGCAUGCCAAACCCAAGGACGGCUACUUCAAUCUCGGAACUUACAGUCGCAAGAUCAGCACCAAGAACCCUGAGGCUCAGCUUUGGUUCGAUCGUGGCCUGAUUUGGGCAUAUGGAUUCAACAUUAAGGAGGCAUCAAUAUGUUUCGAAAAGGUUACCCGCUUGGAUCCUGAGUGUGCUAUGGGCUACUGGGGCAUCGCGUAUACGAAGGGACCCUAUUACAACAAGGCGUGGCGACUUUUUGAUCCAAAAGAACUCAAGGAAGCUUUAGUGAUCACCUACGAGACGUCACGUAAGGCUCUGGAGCUUGCGCACAAUGCGACACCUGUCGAAAAAGCUCUCAUCAAAGCCAUCAUUGCCCGCUAUCCUCAGAAGACACCAACCGAGGAUUAUCAGCCGUGGAACGUGGCUUAUGUUGACGCAAUGGGAGAAGUCUACAAGUGCUACAAGGACGAUCUCGAUGUUGCUUGCCUGUACGCAGAAUCACUCAUGGUCUUAACACCUUGGGCUUUGUGGAACAUCCACACAGGAGAACCUGGUCGUGGUGCUCGUCCAUACGAAGCAAAAGCCGCACUGGACCAUGCCUUUACUCUUCCUGGAGCUUGGGAGCAUCCCGCCCUACUACACUUCUAUAUCCAUCUGAUGGAGAUGUCAAAGACACCUGAGUGUGCUGUGCAGGCAGCAGACAGUUUGAGAGGCCUAGUUCCUGAUAGUGGCCACCUCGAGCACAUGCCUUCUCACCUAUACGUCUUGAUUGGAGAUUAUAGGGCUGGCAUCGCUGCUAACGCUUCCGCCGUUCGCGCUGACGAUGCCUACGUGGCUCAGAUGGAAGGCAAUGAGAUGUAUACUUUCUACCGCGCCCAUAACUCACACUCACUCAUCUAUGCGGCCCUGCUUUCUGGAAAAUCAGAGAUCGCCCUUCAAAAUUGUACUCUUAUGGAGAACUACCUUCCCGAAGAACUUUUAGCUAUCGAAUCUCCAAACAUGGCAAACUGGCUUGAAUCGUUCCUGAGCGUACGAGCCCAUUUGCUUGUCAGAUUUGGCCGCUGGGAGGAGAUCAUAUCGUUGGAGAUGCCAAAGGACAAGAAGCUGUAUUGCGUGACUACAGCUACUCUGCAUUAUGCCAAGGGUGUGGCCCAUUCGGCGCUUGGAAAUAUCGCCGAAGCAGAAAAAGAGCAGGAGCUCUUCCUAGCAGCCCAGAAACUCGUUCCCGAGACUCGGUUCGACUUCCCCAACAAAUGUACCGACAUUCUCAAAGUUGGUGAGGCGAUGCUGGCUGGAGAAAUCGAAUACCGCAAGGGCAACUUUGAUCUCGCUUUUGAGCAUUUGAGAGAGUCCAUCAAGCGUGACGAUAAUCUCGUUUACAGCGAGCCUUGGGGAUGGAUGCAACCUACACGCCAUGCCUACGCUGCUUUGUCACUCGAACAAGGUCUGGUUGAACAGGCAGCGCAAGCAUAUGCAGAAGAUCUUGGCUUCGUCGCGGACAUCCCACGUGGUCAUCAACAUCCCAACAAUGUGUGGGCGUUGGUCGGCUACCGUGAAUGCUUGAGGUUGCUGGGACGUGAGGCCGAGUACAACCAGCUCGAGCAACCAUAUCAACUGGCGAUUCAGAUGGCAGAUAUUCCUGUGACUUCAUCCUGCUACUGUAGGAGAAUGAGUGAGCAGACAGAGAGCAAGAAGGCCAAUUGCAAUGGCUCCUGCUAA